UUUUUUGAGGAAAAAAAGCUAAACAAUCUUUAAUCUUUCAAAUUGACUGUGUCGGCUUUUUAACUUGUCUCGGCUGGUGGAGAAGUCCAUACCUUAGAAUAGUGGUAACACACGGGGAUCCACUCAAGACAGGCCUGAAUGUAUUUUCUUCCAAAUUUCUGCACGAAAAGGUAUAGAAAGCGGGUAAUCUUUCUUUAGUCACCACUCCGGUCCGACGAUGAAUUCUAAACGUUUGCUUGACAUGUCUCCGGCUGAAAUACUGGUCGGGGGCGCUUCGAAACAAGCCGGUAUUGACCAGCAUGCAGAGGGUUCCAAGGGAAGCGAAAUGAGUGUCACCACUACUGACAGCGGUGUCAUUCUGGCGUGCGGGAGCGGGCCCGCAUCAGGAGCUGUUUUCUGCACAAUCGUGCUAGACGAUGGCUCUUUGAGAGAAUGUACAAACCAGGACAUCAUCCUCAAUGGGAAUGACCUGUCGUCAGGGAGAGAAAAAUACGCGCACCGGAAAAUAAUGGGUUGUGGUGGCGAGGCAGAGAGGAACAGUGGUCUGACUGGAGUCCUUACUAACGGCAGUCCCGCUCACUGCCUGAUCCUGAACGGGCAGAAGCCGGACAGACACAUGCACUCGAAAGCGAGGAAUCCGCUGGUGCCCGAUGGUUUCCAGGAAACCGGACAUCAAGUGCCACCUGAGGAGAGAAAUCCCCACCCCUCCUCCCACAUACCUGUCCCCCGACGCAGGAAACCCUCGGGUCGUGCUGAUAAGGAGGUAAUGGCUGCCACCGUCCUGACAUCGCUAUCCACCUCCCCACUGGUCCUCACCCAGACAUCCUCAGCUGCAGUUCCGGAGUCGGCUAGCAGGGGUUGGAAGGAGGCGCUGUCAACCAGCUACAGCAGCUCCACCAGUGGCAACUGGAGCUGGGACACCAGCGACCAAUCAGUGCCCUCCACACCAUCCCCACCCCUCUCCAACGAUGCCAGCAAGAGCUUCCUGCUCCCCUCCCAGGGUGAUGACGUCAUCGAGGACGUCACAGAGAGCACUCACUUUCCGUUUGUGGACCCCAUACCCCGGAAGCGAAAGAACUCCAUGAAGGUGAUGUUCAAGUGCUUGUGGAAGAACUGUGAAAAGGUCCUCAGCACCUCUUCAGGGAUCCAGCGACACAUCCGAACCGUCCACCUGGGGCGGAACUGCGACUCGGACUACAGUGACGGGGAGGAGGACUUCUACUACUCGGAGAUCGAAGUCAACAUGGACAGCCUAUCAGAGGGCUUAUCCAGCCUCACGCCCACCUCCCCCACCACCUCCGGCCCUCCCCCCAUUUUCCCACCUGUCUCCCUCACCACCUGUCUCCCUCGUUCUGAGCCCUCCCACAUCGCCAUGAGGGGGACACAUGGCCACGCCCCCACCCUGCUCAGCCAAUCAGCUCCCUCCACGCUCUGCCAUAUUCGCACUGACCACGCAUACCAGGCCACUGCUCCUGUGAGUAUUCCUGUGUGUUCGGAGCAGGUUGGUGGGAAUGAUGGGAUUGGGAAUGGGGAUGGGAUCAGUGUGUCCUGGCAGUCGUCUCCUGUCAUUUUUAAAGGCUUACCGGGCCCUUUGACUCACACCCGCACGGUGAGCUUCGGGGAGAAGAGACAGCCUGCCCUUCACACACACACUACCAUCAGCAAGACAGCCCCCUCUACAGCCCCCCUGCCCAAACCAGCACCAGGAACCAGGAAACCCCGCGGAGAGGCUAAAAAGUGCCGGAAGGUAUACGGCAUGGAGAAGAGGGACAUGUGGUGCACAGCCUGCCGUUGGAAAAAAGCCUGUCAGCGAUUCAAUGAUUGAACCCCACUACAUCACUGGGAUGGACUCUUCCUCUGCCAGAGCUUCACUGAGGUGGAGUCUUCCACUGGGGAGAUGUGGGUGUUCUCCCUGAUGAAGCUGCUUAGAGCACGCACUGCUUCCUCCUGACCAGCAGGGGUCUCUCUGCUUGCUUCUCUUAAUCCUCAGACAGCUAAACAUACGAAACACAAAAACAAAUGGAUGAAAAUGGAAAAAAUAUAUAAUAAUUGUGAAAAAAUUAUAUGGCUUUGGAAGCAUAGGUAAUCCAAAAAAUUAUUAUUCAAAACGUGAUUCAGAAUGAAAGUUUGGUUUUGUACUUUCUAAUUUUCCAUGCCUUCACUGUAGGGCAGUGGUUGAAGAUUUCAGAUAAGCUUUUUGGAAUUGUGUACUUUCAAGAUGUUCUUUGCUGGUCCGAGUAUCAUGGAAGCUACUGUGUUUGAAUCUAUAAGAUCCUUAAACCACUCUCUUGUCAGCAUCUUUCAAUGCACCUCUGUUGACAUUUUGGAACUAAAACCAGAUUCACUUUGUGGUGUAUCUUUGAAUGGAUCGUUUCAACGGAGGUGCAUUGAAAGAUGCUGAUAAGAGAUUUCAACGGUCACGUUUCAAGUUUCAACGGUCACUCUUUUGAAACGGGAAGUAUGUCUACCAAAGUAAAACAGACACAGAAUCUCUCUAAAUUCACUAAGAAUUGAGAUGUCGCUUUUAUUAAGAUGCAAGUUUGUUAUUCAUAUAACACAUCACAUGCUCUUAUGGGAAUUCAACUCAACAAUUCCAAUCUCUUUGUUUGGGAAGUAAAUAUGCAUAGCUACACACCAUAAGCUCCCUGCAUCUGUUGCUUAUUCCAUCUGCUGGCACCAAAUGUCACACUUUGAACCUUCAGAGUGUUCAGUGUACAUGUACCGUUUCUAGUUUCUCUUCCUAGACCUCUACACAGAUAUGCAGCUUUCAGAAACAACACAUCUUUCAACAGACCACAUGUAAACUUUGUAACCACACUGUUCACUCUCAUUUCUCACAUCUAACUGUUUAUUUCCAGCGAUUAGUUCCCAAGGCAACUACUGUAGUAGUUGCAAAGUGCCAUCACCAGGGUUUGGACAGUCUGGUCUUGCUUUGAUUAAUCAGCUCUAUUGUUGAUUACAGUUAUCAAUAACAACAUCAAACCCUCCUGUAGCAUUACUUGCUACUCAGUGUUCUAAAAUCCAUUUCCUGUGUACGUUCAUAGAAAUAUAAUGUCAUUGUAGUUCUCUGUGGGUACUAUACCUAGUCCUGCCCAACCCCGACUCCCAGUUACUACUCUUAACUGGUAUCUAAGGGUGAUGAAAUAUAAUGUCAUUGUAGUUCUCUGUGGGUACUAUACCUAGUCCUGCCCAACCCUGACUCCCAGUUACUGCUCUUAACUGGUAUCUAAGGGUGAUGAAAUAUAAUGUCAUUGUAGUUCUCUGUGGGUACUAUACCUAGUCCUGCCCAACCCUGACUCCCAGUUACUGCUCUUAACUGGUAUCUAAGGGUGAUGAAAUAUAAUGUCAUUGUAGUUCUCUGUGGGUACUAUACCUAGUCCUGCUCAACCCUGACUCCCAGUUACUGCUCUUAACUGGUAUCUAAGGGUGAUGAAAUAUAAUGUCAUUGUAGUUCUCUGUGGGUACUAUACCUAGUCCUGCUCAACCCUGACUCCCAGUUACUGCUCUUAACUGGUAUCUAAGGGUGUUGGAAUAUAAUGUCAUUGUAGUUCUCUGUGGGUACUAUACCUAGUCCUGCUCAACCCUGACUCCCAGUUACUGCUCUUAACUGGUAUCUAAGGGUGUUGGAAUAUAAUGUCAUUGUAGUUCUCUGUGGGUACUAUACCUAGUCCUGCUCAACCCUGACUCCCAGUUACUGCUCUUAACUGGUAACUAAGGGUGUUGAAAUAUAAGUGUUUUUCUCAGAGGGAUUAUUUGCGCACCAUGAAUUGUACCUGGACUCCUGAUCAGACACAAUUAUAUGGAUGUAUAUUUUUACACAGAUACAUUUUUAUACUUUAGCUACCUUUUUUUAUUUUAUUGUUGCCAGCUCUUUGAAUGUAGUUUCUGCUGUCUCUCUCUCUCUCUCUCUCUCUCUCACUCUCUCUCUCUCUAACUCUCUAUGUCUCUCUCAUUCUGUCUCUCUCUCUAACUCUCUCUCACUCUCUGUCUCUCUCUCUCUAACUCUCUAUGUCUCUCUCUCUCAUUUUCUGUCUCUCUCUCUCUCUCUCUCUCUCUCUCACUCUCUCUCUCUCUCUAUCUCUCUCUAACUCUCUAUGUCUCUCUCUCUCUCAUUCUCUGUCUCUCUCUCUAACUCUCUCUCACUCUCUGUCUCUCUCUCUCUAACUCUCUCUCUAACUCUCUCUCUCUCACUCUCUGUCUCUCUCUCUCUAACUCUCUAUGUCUCUCUCUCUCACUCUCUGUCUCUCUCUCUCUAACUUUCUCUCUCUCUCUCUCUCUCUCUCUCUCUUCUCUCUCUCUAACUCUCUCUCUCACUCUCUGUCUCUCGCUCUCUAACUCUCUCUGUCUCUCUCUCUCUUCUCUCUCUCUAACUCUCACUCUCUGUCUCUCUCUCUCUAACUCUCCCUGUCUCUCUCUCUUCUCUCUCUCUCUCACUUUCUCUCUAACUCUCUCUGUCUCUCUCUUCUCUCUCUCUCUCUAACUCUCUGUCUCUCUCUCUCCUCUCUCUCUCUCUCUCUCUAACUCUAUCGGUCUCUCUCUCCUCUCUCUCUCUAUCUCUCUCUCUCUCUAACUCUCUCUGUCUCUCUCUCUCCUCUCUCUCCUCUCUCUGUCUCUCUCUCUCUCCUCUCUCUCUCUCUCUCUAACUCUCUCUGUCUCUCUCUCUCCUCUCUCUCUCUCUCUCUCUCUAACUCUCUCUCUAACUCUCUCUGUCUCUCUCUCUCUCUCUCUCUCUCUCUCUCUCUCUCUCUCUCUCUCUCUCCCUAUCUCUCUCUCCCUCUCUCUCUUCUCUCUCUCUCUCUCUCCCUCUCCCUCUCUCUUCUCUCUCUCUUCUCUCUCUCUCUCUUCUCUCUCUCUCUCUCUCUCUCUAACUCUCUCUGUCUCUCUCUCUCUUCUCUCUCUCUCUCUCUAACUCUCUCUCUCUCUCUAACUCUCUCUCUCUCUCUCUCUCUCUCUCUCUCUCUCUCUCUCUCUCUCUCUCUCUCUCUCUCUCUCUAACUCUCUCUCUCCCAAUACUGACUACUAGCCAUGCCACAAGUUCCAGCAGCAGGACACACACAUGCAUGGUGCUACUUGCCCUCUUUCCUUAGGUUACCUUCAACCUAUUCUAUGACAAUGGCCACAAUCUAUGACUUUCCAUUCUUUGGUCAUGUGACAAAUCUGUUGUCAUAAUGACAUCUGCAUUCUCAGCUGAUGGCAGUCACAUAUUCUAAUUGAUGUGACAUUAGUAGAAGGCCAUUCUAAGACAGCUGGGGAUGACUGUCAUUUGUUGUUAUUUGGGGACAGCAAACAAUCAAACCCCCUGGAUUAAUUUUAGCAUGCCCUGUCAGUCUUUUCCUUGGUAACCAUUACCAACAGAUAUGGUCCUGCUCAUUGGCUGGUAACUCUGUCCGUCAGACAUUAUGUCCAGUAGUGUUUGAGAGAAGCUGGUUCUUACAGUAAGUAGCUCACUGGUCAGACUGGAGAGUAGCCCGGUAUUUAAUGGUCAGAAACUUCACUAAGUGCCAUUGAAAAGAACAUUAUGAGGAAAAAGGAUUUACCUAAAUAAAUUGCACUAACUUGCACUGCACAAAGACUUGCUUUUAUACAUGGAUUUUAUACACACAGAUUUUGAAGUGAAAUGACAUUUGAGGUUGUUUUAUUUUGGAUCGUCACUGCCUUGGUGUCAACAUGGGGUUUCAGGGAUGGGGCUUCUACACCUCUUGGGUCCCCCCAUAAGAACCUUUUGAACUGGUAUGUUUAGCUCUCUGUGUGUGUGUGGUGUACUCAGCCCAAUGGUGCCAACAAUAUUGCCUGGAAUCGUGUGGUACUGCAUAGUACAGCGGUACUUUGUGUGUCAGGGUUUCCCCUAGACCUUUCUAUUGUGGUGGUGCACCAAGAAGAACCCUGAAGUCACAUCUCAGAUGGUCUGCCCUAACUUGGUAAUAUAUGGGGAAACACUGGUCCAGAGGUAGCCCUCAGUUAGUCAAUGGUUGCUUGUUGUCUUCUUAAGAACAGAUAAAUCAUGGUGUUUCAACACUAUGGGAUUUCCUUACGUAGCAUACUCAUACACUGCUUUCACAAGAAUUUAGUUUAGUCUUCCUUCUUUGCGUAGCAUACUCAUACACUGCUUUCACAAGAAUUUAGUUUAGUCUUCCUUCCUUACUUAGCAUACUCAUACACUGCUUUCACAAGAAUUUCGUUUAGUCUUCCUUCUUUACGUAGCAUACUCAUACACUGCUUUCACAAGAAUUUAGUUUAGUCUUCCUUCUUUGCGUAGCAUACUCAUACACUGCUUUCACAAUAAUUUAGUUUAGUCUUCCUUCUUUACGUAGCAUACUCACACACUGCUAUCACAACAAUUUAGUUUAGUCUUCCUUCUUUACGUAGCAUACUCAUACACUGCUUUCACAAGAAUUUAGUUUAGUCUUCCUUCUUUACGUAGCAUACUCAUACACUGCUUUCACAAGAAUUUAGUUUAGUCUUCCUUCUUUACGUAGCAUACUCACACACUGCUAUCACAACAAUUUAGUUUAGUCUUCCUUCUUUACGUAGCAUACUCAUACACUGCUUUCACAAACAUUUUGUUUAUUCUUCCUUUGCCUAAAAGGCGCUUGCCUCUUUCACACUUUAUUGAGAUGAGGUAGUGUACAGAGAAUAGGUUUUCUUUCCGGACUUGACUCUUCUCCACCAAUCGAAACAUCAAGCUUGUAUUUGGUCCUACUGGCAGCAGAUUGGCCAUUCAUAUGUUUGAGUACUUUUCAGACCAAUCUAGUCUGUUGUUCUCAAUCUCAUUCACACCCCUAUGCCUGCCACAAAACCCGCCUCUGGUAUGUAAUUGCACUAAAGUGGUUUUAUGGGUCAUUGGCCAGGGCUAAUGAAGGGGAACACUCUUUAUCCACUUGCUACUAAAACCUACAUUGACAAACUGGAUGAAUCUAAGGAAGGCCUCACCCACAGUAAGUUGACCUGGUAUGGAAUAGGGCAGGGUCAGGUGGGUUUGAGUGAUAACUGCCCUCCCUACGGCCGUUUUUAGGAGACCUGGGGUUUUGGGUGGUAGAGAGAGGGCUGAUUGGGUGUGUUUGGGGAACUGGGACUUUGUGAUAGGUGGAGAAAAGUGGGACAAGCAGUGACGAUUAUUCGAGAUGGAUUUGUAGUUUCAGGCCUUUCCUGUACAUAUGCAACGUAAAGACAACCCUGAAACUUUUUUCAUAUAUUGUUGUGUGUCUGUUAAACAGAAAUUUAACUUUGUAAGGUAGAAUUGCUCAGAUUGUUGGUGUGCGUGUUUGAGAAGCUGUAGUUAAUAUAACAUACACAUAUAUUGCAGUUCAGGGGAAAAGUGGCGAAAUAACGUAGAUGAAUGUAAAACCUACAAAAAGAAAAGCUUGUUUCUUGUUGUAACGUUGGCUAGUUUCUACUGUUAGUGCACUCUGACAGGAUGACGGCACAAACAGCACAAGCUGUCAUUCUGGUGCCAAAUUUUGCAUCUGCACUGUUCUUCAAGUAAAUGUGUUUUUGUAAAAUAUUCAGUGGAAAUUGUUCAAAGUCGUCCUUGUGCAUAGAGUUGUAUGGUUUGUUUAACUUUGCAAUCAUUGGUUUUGUUUGACAUACAUUUUAAAGUGAAAAAUCUUAGUCUCAGCAUAAUUCUGUUACCGUGGAAUUGCCCAUUAACCUUCUUACAUUGUGCAAUGAGACGCUUUAAUUCUAACAAGAACUAACUUGACCUUUUGGUGACCUUUCUGUGAGCCACCUGGUGUGAUCUAUUAUGAAUGCAUUUAUUGGUUAUGUAGGCCUUUAUUUAGGCUGUUAUAAGGAGUCAUGAACUGUUAUGAAUGAUUAUAGCAGGCCAUAUACUGCACUACUUUAAUGCACAUAUUGAAUGUGUUUAUAAAGGUGUUAUGUAUUUUGGUUAUGUAAGUGGUCAGAACCCACUGGACAAAAACUGGUUGAAUCAACGUUGUUUCCACGUCAUUUCAACAAAAACAUAAAAUGUGAUGACUUUUGAAUCAAUGUGGAAAAUUGAUUGGGUUUGUAAAAUGUAAGGGAAUUUUGUAAUUUUUUCACCCAACUUUUAAACUAGAUCCAAUAACAUGGUGCAAUGUUUUGUUGAUUUCACGUUGAAUUCAAGUUAGUUGACAACUCAACCAAAUGUAAAUCAAAACUAGACGAUGAAAUGACAUAUGUACCCAGUGUAUAGGAACCGUGAGCUGUUGUGAAUGCUUAUGGCAAGUCUUAUAAUACACUAUGGAGUGAUCGACUGUGCUAUGAAUGCAGUCAUAAUGUAUUUUACACAGGCGUUUCAGAAAAUGUGCUACCUACUUUUUCUGUCUCCCUGCCAAAUAAGUAUUUAUUAGAAUACAUGUUGUCAUUGUCUUUUGUGGGAGACAAAUCACCUAGGCGGCUCGGGGAUUCAAACUCGCAACCUUUCGGUUAUUGGCCCAACACUCUUAACCGCUAAGCUACAUGCCACCAAAUUGUACCUGUACCUUUCCCUCUGACUCGCUUCCUCUCUAUCUCCCAAUCUAUUUUUCUCACAUUUUUCCCCCCUCUCUCUUUGAAACUAUCAGUUUUGACUGUAGUCCACCCCCCCAAGUCAAUACCCAGUAUAUUAAGCUAACCGAGCCCUUGAAAUGUGCAGAAAGAAAGCCUUUAUUUCCUAAUGUUACAUCAUUCUCUCCUUUGUUUGCUCGUUGAAUGUCCAUGUUGAUGAGUCCAGCCCAGCAGCUCAGCAGCAGCAAAGCCAAUGGAUCUCCAACCAAAUCAAAUGUAACACAUCGUCAUCACUAUGGAGGCUCCACUCAACUCUGUGCUGUUUCUUCUAUCAUGCUCUUAAACAACACACCAGUCUGUUCUGUUUGUCUUUGUCUUUUAUCUGUGUUCUUGUUGUAACUGUCUGACUGUUGUUCUCUUGCUGUGCUGUGUCAGAGCAUUGUGGUUGGUGGGAGGGAAACAUACUUUCUUUUGGUUGCUUUAUUAUCUUGUUCAUAUUGAUUGAUUGAUUGAUUGAUGUGCUCUCAUUAUGUCUGGUGCAGAAGUGUUUUAUUGCUCAUGUCUGUCUGACAUGUGCUCGAGUGGAUGGGUGACUUGAUGUCAUGAUGAUGAUGUGAUGUAAAUGUGAUAGAGAGAAAAUAAAUGCAAAUUGAUUGGAA